AAUAAAUUUUUAAAAAAUCAAUUUAUAAAAAAAAAUUGGUUAGGAUUUCAGAAUGUUGUAAAUUACCGGAAUUAUUUAUUAUGCAAUGAAAUGUAAUGUAAUUUAUUUAAAUAUUAACAAUUGUUUAGCAGGAAAUUUUUUUUUAAAACAUUAGAUCAAAAGUAAUGAUGAUUGAGAGCUGUCAUAAAUUAUCAGGAUUCAAAUUACUAAAAAUAAAUUAUUGGAGUCAUACAAGAAGAAAAUACUACAGGUUUUUAAAUCUAGACACGUGUAGAUGCUCACAAAUAAAUGACUCGAGUGUAAAUAAUGAUGUAAAUAUAAAACAUCAAAGAUUAUAUACUAGUGAUAUAAAAUUUCAGUCAGUAAAUAGUUUAUUAUUAAGACAAGUGAGAAAAACAAUGAAACAAGACAGACAGUUUAGUAUUGCCGCCAAAAUUGUUGACAGUUCUCCAACAAAUAUACGACCUUAUUUGAAACUGAUGAGGAUAGACAAGCCAAUUGGCUCUUGGUUGCUAUUCUGGCCCUGCAGUUGGAGUAUAGCUAUGGCAGCAUCACCAGGUGCCUUCCCAGAUCUUCAUAUGCUGGCUCUCUUUGGACUGGGAGCGUUCAUAAUGCGAGGAGCCGGCUGUACUAUCAAUGACAUGUGGGAUCAAGACUUUGAUAAAAAAGUAGCGAGAACCAAAGACAGGCCAUUGGUUGCUGGAGAUAUUAAACCGUUUCAAGCAUUAGUAUUUCUUGGAGGACAACUGAGUCUGGGUCUUUUGAUUCUGCUUCAACUGAACUGGUACAGUGUUUUACUUGGUGCUAGUUCACUUGCGCUGGUGAUAAUUUAUCCUCUUAUGAAAAGAAUAACAUACUGGCCGCAGUUAAUUUUGGGGAUGACUUUUAACUGGGGCGCUCUCCUGGGCUGGUCAGCAGUUCAAGGCUCAUGUGAUUUGUCCAUUUGUUUGCCACUUUAUAUUGCAGGAGUUUGCUGGACAGUUUUAUACGAUACUAUUUACGCCCACCAGGAUAAAGUUGAUGAUUUGCUAGUAGGAAUAAAAUCCACGGCGUUGAAGUUCGGCGAUGACACAAAAUUUUAUUUAACAGGAUUUGGUACGUCGAUGAUAGGAAGUCUGAUAACUUCCGGUGUGAUUUCUGGUCAAACUUGGCCUUAUUAUACGGCUGUCAGUGUUGUUGCUGGUCAUCUUGUCGAGCAAAUCCGGACAUUAAAUAUAAAUGACCCACAAGAUUGUGCCACUAAAUUUAUAUCCAAUAGUGCAGUAGGUUUAAUUAUUUUUGCUGGAAUAGUAUUAGGAAAUUUAUUUAAAAAAACCCGCGAGUCCGAUGAAUCUGCCACGACUUUAAAAAAUAAUUAAUUACUAUAUUAAUAAAUGUGGAUAAAUAAUUAUAAAUAUGUAUUUUACUGUAUAGUGAAUAAAGUACAAACGCUUAAUUUA